UUCUGAACCAAUUUGAAAAUGUCGUGAUUAUCGUUAUUUUAACUAAUCAAAUAAUGGAUUCGCAACGUAAAAAUCAACAUAAAAAUGAAUCAUCAUCAUCAUUUUUAUCCAAACCAACUGAUGAAUCAAUUUGGAUCGAUAUACAACAGAAAACAUUUACCAAUUGGGUAAAUGAACAACUUAAACCGAAUGGUUUAUAUGUACAAAAUUUACAACAAGAUUUUUCCAACGGCUUGAAAUUAAUUGCCUUGGUUGAAUGUUUACAAAAACGUCGUUUGAAAAAAGUUUCGAAACCAUUAAAUCAACAUCAAUCAAUUGAAAAUGUACAGAUUGCAUUGAAUGCAAUUGCUUCUGAUUGUAUACGACUAGUUAAUAUUGGAAGUACCGAUAUUGUAUCGGGUAAUCUAAAAUUAAUAUUAGGUUUAUUAUGGCAACUAAUAACACGUUAUCAAUUGGGUAAAGCAUCAACACCGCCAAAAAAAUUAAUGCUUUCAUGGUUAGAAUCAGCUAUACCGGAUUUGAAGAUAAAAAAUUUUACAAAAGAUUGGAAUAAUGGUAUUGCAUUGGCAGCAUUAUUAGAUUUUUGUCAACCAGGUAUUUUCGGUGAUUGGAGAAAAUUAUCACCAAAAAAUUGUUUAGAAAAUUGUCAUAAAGCAAUGACAAUUGCAAAAGCUGAAUUUAAUAUCCCGAUGAUUAUAACAGCUGAAGAUCUGAGUAAUCCAAAUCUGGAUGAAAAAUCAUCAUUAACAUAUCUUUCAUAUUUUAUGAAAGAAAAUGGUCCUGGUUAUAAUCUUGUUAUUAAUUGGGCAAGACAAAUGUUACCAAAUAUGGAUAUAAAAAAUCUGACUACUGAUUGGAAUAGUGGUAUAUUAUUCUGUCAAUUACUUUCGGAACUUGGUGCCAAUGGAAUAAAUUUAUCCAAACUUAAUUCAGAUAAAAAAUAUUGGGAAAAUAAUUGGUCAUUAGCUAUUGAUUGUUGUCGGCAAUUAGCCAGUAUUGAACCACCAAAUCAAUUAAAACCAAAACAUUUUUCUGAUCCAAAUAUUGAAUAUAUAAGUAUUAUGGCUUAUUUAACCAAAUUGAUACAUAUUUCAAGAAAACAAGAUUUAUUACGAAUAAUUGGUGUUAAUUUGAAUAAUGUUUUCGUUCAAAAAGAAGCUAUAUUUAAUUUGGAAUUACUUACCGAUAAUAUUGAACUGGAAUAUAUUCGGUCAGAAGUUCAUUCAUCAACAAAUAAACUGGUAACAUCGGAAAUAACUGUAAAUAAAUAUGGCGGUACGGGGAAAUUUGUACCCAUAGAAUCUGGUCUACAUGAAUUGAAAAUUUUUUAUAAAGAUAAUCUUGCAACUAAACCAUUAAAAAUUAAAGUACAUCCAGAUUUGACAAAUGUUAUAUUUUCUGGUAUUGAACCUUGUUCAGUUGGUUCAUUAGUUGAAGUUGUUAUCAAUUCAAAUGGUGCCGGUUCAUCCGAUGUUAAAGUAGUUGCCGUAUCAUCAACCAAACGUGAAUUAAAUUGUGAACUAAUUGAAAAAGAUAAUUCAAUUAUUGCAAAUUUUAUACCGGAUGAAAUUGGUGAAUGGCGUAUUGCCAUUACUUAUUCGGGUGAACAUAUUAAUGGUAGUCCAUUUCCAUGUUUAGUUUAUGAUAGUAAUCAAGUUAUCAUUAAUUAUCAUAAUAAUAAUGAUCAACAACAACAAUUGACAAUGAUGAAUGAAAAUAUUUUCUUUACAAUCGAUACACGUAAUGCUGGUUGGGGUAAAUUGGAUAUCAAAGUUGUUAAUCCUUCAAUUGUUAAUCAACAACAACCGAUACCAAUUGAAAUUGAUGAACGUGGAAAUGGUAUAUAUAAUGUAUCAUUUAAACCAGAAUCAGCAGGAAAAUAUUUUCUACAUGUAACAUUCAAUCAACAAGAUGUACCAAAUUCACCCAUUGAAAUUGAUGUUAAUUCAUCAUCAUCGACGAUGAUUAAUGAUCUAAAUAAUCGAAUGAAACGUGCUACUUUAGAUGAAAUAUCUUCGAUCAAUAACAAUAAUAAUAAUCAUAAUGGUAAUAAUAAACAACCACAACAGCAAAUCGAACAAAAACCGAUUGAAGUUAUUGAAAAUCAAGAAAUAUUUGGUACACAAGUUGGCAAAUUGGCACAAUUAGAAAUCAAUAAUCUUGAUGAUCAAACAAAUAUGUUAUCAUAUUUUGUUAAAGAUCCUUUUCAGCAAGAAUUACCUGCAUUAUUAAAACGAAUAUCAUCACCUGGUGGUGGUGGUUCGUAUAAAUUAGAAUUCAAACCAUUAAUUGUCGGUAGUCAUACUGUAUUUAUCGAUCUUGAUGAUCAACCAAUUAAAGGUAGUCCAUUCAUAUGGAAUGUUUAUGAUUGUAGCCAGGUGAAAGUAUUUUUUCCCAACACCACUAAUAACAUAAUGAUUGGAAAUGAUGUUCAUUUUGAAAUUGAUACAUCAAAUGCUGGCCUUGGAAAUGUUGAAGUUUUAAUUGAUAAUGGUUCAAUUCCUUGUACAUUGAAACCAUUAAGUAAAACAAGAUAUUUAGGAAUUUUUAAAAGAAAAUCAACAUCAAAUUCAAUUAUCGAUAUUAGAUUUAAUGGUGAAAGUAUACCACAAUCACCAUUCUGUUUAGAAACAAUUUUGAACGGAAAACAUCAACAUAAUAAUCAAGAUGAAGAUGAUGUUAUUGAUGGUAUAAAAUCCAACGGUACAUUUCAUAUUGAAUCAUUGGAAAAUUUUAAAGUUAAUCAACAAACAUCAUUUACAAUUAGUGUUAAAAAUAUGAUGAUAAAUGUUGAAGAUUUAUCUGUUUCAAUAUUGGAUACAACAAUAUCCUCGGUAAUAAAUUAUCGUAUAAUUGAAGAACCGGAUAAUGUUUAUCGUUGUCAAUUCACUGCAUCAAUAGUUGGAACAUAUCAAUUUAAAAUAUUCUAUAAAGAUUCAAUGAUACAUACAUUUACAGCUAAAGCAUAUGAUAUAACGAAAAUUACUGUCAGUGAUAUACCAAAGAAAAUCAUUUUAGGACAAAAAUGUAAUAUACAAGUUGAUGCAUCGAAUGCAGGUGAAGGACAAUUAGAAAUUGCUGUAAAUGAUGGUGAAGUACCUAAUCAUGUUCAAGUAUUAGGUAAUGGUAAAUGUUUGAUAAGUUUUAAACCAGAACAACUUAUUGAACAUAUUGUGGAUAUUAAAUUUAAUAAUGAAAAUAUUUUGGGUUGUCCAUUUCGUUGUCAAGUGGAUGAAUUUCCUGAUUUAAAAUUUGAUCUUUCACGUAUCGAACUGGUACAGGUUGGUUAUCCGGUACAAUUUUCAAUCGAAAGUAGCCAUUUAUUGGAGAAAAAUUUUUCAAUCAUUAUUACAUCACCAUCGAAUAAAAUUAUGCCAGUAAAUAUUCAACAAGGAAAUCCAUUAUUGUUAUGUGAAUUUGUACCAAAUGAAGUUGGUCCUUAUGCUAUAAAUUUUGAAUAUUGUUCCAAACUAGUCUUUAAUCAGCCAUAUUUAAUUAAAAGUUUUGAUCCAACAAAGGUGAUUGUUAGUGCACCGGCAAAUGGUUGUGUUGGAAAAUCCAUACAAUUUAUUGUUGAUGCUAUUUAUGCUGGUGAAGGCAAUCUUGAAAUAUCUGUGGUAACAAAUGAAAAAAAUGUGCCAACACAAGUACAACCAAUUGGUGGUGCAAAAUUUGGUGUUUGUUUUACACCGACCCAGGCAAAUGAUCAUAUUGUUUCAAUUACAUUCAAUAAUAUUGCUGUUAAUGGCAAUCCAUUUUUGGUCAAUGUCCUACCAUCAACUGAUAAACCAAUCGUUACUGGAUCAGCAUUAUAUUUUUCACCAGUCGAUCAAAUAGCCCGUCUUACAAUACAUAAUGUUGAUUCAGAAAAUGAUAUUAUAGCCAAAGUACAAGAUGGAAAUAAUCAAGUUGUUUCAGCAAACAUUAUUAAAGAUUUACAAAAUCAAUGUAUUCAUUUGGAAUUUUUGCCUAAAAUGCCAGGCGAGUAUAAAGUUCAACUAAAAUAUAAAGGCGAACAUAUACAAGGAUCACCAUUUAUGACAAAAAUUUAUGAUAUUAAAAAAAUUAAAGUUAAAGAUAUUCCAAAUGAAAUUUGCUUAGGGAAAAUGGUUACCUUUUUAGUUGAAGCAACAAAUGCUGGACCAGGAAAUCUAGAAGUAAUCGUUAAUAAUGGUAAAGUACCAUCAACACCAAAAUCAUUGGGACCUAGUUUAUAUGCAAUAUCAUUUGUACCUACUGAUCCGGAAAUUCAUGUUAUUGAAAUAAAAUUCAAUGGAAAAAAUGUUGAAAAUUCACCAUUUCGCUGUAAAAUACUUGAUGCCGAAAAGGUGAUGUUUCAACCGCUGGAAAAAGUUGCCGUGAAUAAAGUUGCACAGAUUACAGUCGAUACAAAUGGUGGCCUAUUAAAUGAAAAUUCUAUCGUUAUUCUAAGUCCAUCACAUCAGAAUUUAAAACCAAUAUUAUUGGGUGAUCAUUUAAAUGGUUAUCAAAUACAAUUCUGUCCAAUUGAAGUUGGUGAUCAUGCUAUUGAUAUAAAAAUUGGUAACAAUUCAAUACCUGGUUGUCCUUUUUUGGUUAAAGUUUAUGAUUCGAAAAAAGUUAAAGUUACUGAUAUAAAAAAUGGUUUUGUUGGCAAACCGAUUUAUUUUUCAAUCAAUGCAAGUCCAGCUGGUGCUGGAAAUUUAGAAAUUAUUGUUUCAUCAAAUGGUCGAAAUGUACCAAAUUAUGUACAAUCGGAAGGAAAUGCAAAAUUUCGUGUAAAUUUUAAACCAACUGAAGCAACAUUACAUAUGAUUAGUUGUAAAUUUAAUGGUGAACCAGUACCGGGUAGUCCAUUUACUGUACAAGUAUUUGAAGAAACAAAUCCACUUGGAACAUUAUUUUCUGAUUCAUCGAUCAAAAAUAUUUCACUGAACAAAGGUGUUGAAUUUAGGAUAGAAAAUCCAAAUAAUGAAAUGAAACAAUGUCAGAUAAUAAUAACAACACCAAGUCGUAAAAAUAUUAAUCCAACAAUUGAAAAAUUACCAAAUCAUUUCAUCAUACAAUUUAAGCCAACCGAAAUUGGACCACAUCAAAUGAUUAUUUCAUUGGAUGGUUUACCUGUUCCUGGUUGCCCGUUUACCUGUAAUGUUUAUGAUGUAAACAAAAUCAAACUCGGACAAUUAAAUAAAUGUAUCGUACGUAAACCAUAUACAUUUCAAGUUGAUGCUUCACAAGCAGGUGAAGGUACAUUAGAAUUAGUAAUAUCAACUGAUAAUAGUUCUGUUCGUGCUGAAGUUCUAAUGAAAAGUCGUGGGCUUUAUGAUGUUACAUUUUUACCUCAAGAUUGUCGGCCACAUUAUCUAAAUAUGACUUUUAAUGAUGAAGAUGUUCCAGGUAGUCCAUUUAAUAUCGAUAUUAUUGAUUCACCUGUUUCUCCAACAACAACAACAUCAUCAACAUUAACGACAACAGGUGCACCACUUGUUGAAGAUCGAAGAUUAUUGACUGGACGAACAAAUCAAAUCAAUGUUGUUAAUUUUCGUACACAAUCAUCUACAUCGACUGUAAACAAUAUUCGUGCCAUUAUUGUCGGGCCAAAUAAAACAAAAAUAUCCGGAACAUUAACAAAAUUGGAUGCAGAAAAUUUUAAACUAGAAUAUUUACCGAAAACAAUUGGGAAAUAUAAGAUUGAAAUUUUCGAAAAUGAUAAACAUCUUUGGAAAGAACCAAUAUUUAUUGAUAUAGUUGAUCCAAAUCAAAUACAGGUAACGAUGCCAGCAAAUCAUUGUUUACAAGGAAAAGAAUAUGAAUUUAAUGUUAAUACUUCGAAAGCUGGUGAAGGAGAAUUAUUAGUAAAAAUCAUUAGUGCUGGUGAUAAUGAUAAUGAUCGAAAAGAAAUUCCAUUUAAAAUGAAAAAUAUUGAAACAAAAUUAUAUAGAUUUUCAUUCAUACCUGAAACAGCUAAUAAUCAUCAAAUUGAAAUCUAUUAUAAUAAAUAUCCUGUUAAUGGAUCACCAUUUUUAAUCAAUGUUCAACCACAUCUUGAAUCAAUCAUUAUCUAUGGUGAAGGUUUGAAAACAGCACAUUGUAAUGAAAGAGCUAUAUUUUUUAUUGAAAGUGAAGAUUUAUCUGCCAAUGAUUUUGAUAUAAUUGUCACCGAUCCCGUUCGAUCACCAUUACCAGUAAAAUGUUAUCAACAAAAAAAUGGUUGUCUAUUGGUUGAAUGGCUGCCGAAAAAAAUCGGCUCCCAUAAGAUUGAAGUAUUUCAUGGUGAUAAACCUGUUAUUGGUUCACCAUUUAUAUGUGAAAUUUUUGAUGCAUCAAAAGUAAAAAUCGAACCAAUCGAAUCAUCAAGUUUUGUUAUUAAUAAAAAAAUUAAUCUACAUCUUAAUCGAAAAAAUGCUGGCUAUGCUGAAUUAGAUGUUACUGUAACAAGUCCAUUAGGUCGUCAUUUACCUAUUGAUGUAAAAGGAAUGCCAAAUGGUGAAGGUGAAUUGAUUGAAUUUGUACCAACAGUACCGGGAAAAUAUAAAAUUGCCAUUACAUAUGGUAAUGUUGAAAUACCGGAUAGUCCGAUUACAUUUUUUGCACAAGAAAGUAUUCUACCAAAAGUAUCGGGUGAUGGUUUACGUUGUGGCCAAAUUAAUGAACCUUGUUGUUUUAUUAUCGAUGCUAAAGAUAUUUAUGGUUCACCUGAAAUUAAAAUUGAUGGACCGGAAAGUGAAACAUCAUUUUCAAUCGAAAAAUGUAAUGAUAUUUAUAAAAUUACCUAUGUUCCAUUGGAAAUUGGUAUAUUUGAUAUAAAAGUAUUAUGGAAUGGCCAGGAAAUUCCAGAAAGUCCAUUUCAUCCACAUAUUGUCAACAUUGAAAAAGUACGAUUGAUUGGUGGUUGGGAAAACAUUUUAGACAUUCAUAAUCGAUUAAUGUUUUGUAUUGGUGAAGAGAAAAAAUUAAUCUUUGAUAUAAGUGAAGCCGGAACAGGAAAAUUGAUGGUUAAAAUCAAACAUAACAACAACAACAGUUUUGAAGAGUUGCCAUUGGAACAAACAGGAUCAUAUAAAUAUAAAAUGUUAUUUAAACCAAAAUUUUGUGGCGAAUAUGAUAUCUAUGUUUAUUUUGAAAAUUUUUUACUACCAAAAAUGCCUAUACAUGCUAUUGUAAAUGAAAAUAGUAUGGAAGGUGUAACUGUUGUUCUUCGUGGUCAUGGUUUGGCUGGUGCUAGAGUUGGUGAAGAAGCUGAAAUCGUUAUCGAUGGAAAAGAUGCUGGUGAUGGCGAACCAGAUGUUACAUUAACUGGUGUUAAAUCUGAUAUCAAAGUUAAAUUGAUUGCUAUUGGUCCUCGAUUAUAUAAAGCAUUAUAUGAACCAAGGAUUCCAGGAACCUAUUUGUUGAAUGUUCUUUGGAAUCAAAAACAAGUAAAAGGAUGUCCAUUAAAAGUUCCUAUAUUACCUAGUUGUGAUUCGAAAAGAGUUAUCUGUACUGGUGAUGGACUUAAAGGUGGUACUAUCGGUAAAGAAAUUAAAGCAUUUAUUGAUACACGAAGAGCUGGUCCAGGUGAAUUAAGUGCACAAUGUAUUGGUCCAAAUAAAGCUGCCAUUUGUGAAUUAUAUGAUCAAAAUGAUGGUACAUUUACAUUAUUAAUACAUCCACAAGAAGGUGGUAAACAUACAUUAACAAUAAAAUAUGGUGGUCAACAUAUUAUCGGAUCACCAUUUUUAAUGAGAAUCUAUUCGGCACCAGAUGCAAGUAAAGUUAGAGUAUUAGGUCCUGGUAUCGAACAUGGAGUAUUGCCAAUUUAUCAAAGCCAUUUUAUGUGUGAUACUAAAGGUGCCGGUGCUGGCCAAUUAACUGUACGAAUUCGUGGACCAAAAGGUGCAUUCAAAGUUGAAAUGCAACGUGAAAGUCAAAAAGAUCGAACAAUUUAUUGUAAAUAUGAUCCAACUGAACCAGGUGAUUAUAGAAUUGAAGUAAAAUGGGCUGGCGAACAUGUACCUGGAUCACCAUUUUUUGUUAUGAUUUUCGAUACACAAGAUGAAUUGAAUCGUUUUUUACGUAAUGGUUGUAGUAAUUCAAUGAUUUCCCUGCCACCAUUAAAUGCUAUCGAACGUAUGGCUGGACCAAAUUAUUCGGAAGAAUGGAAACAAAUUUCAUGGAAAGGAUCUACUGCUGAUCUAUGAUAAUUUACAUUCAAAUCAAAAAGUAUUAUUUUGUUGAUAAUUUAUUCUGAUAUUAACUAAAAACACACU